UUUUAUCUAUUGAAUGAUAAUGUUUAGACGCAAACAUUCUCCCUACAACACUUCUUUAUAACUGCAUUGAAGUUUGGGCGCGUGACGCAAGCUAUUGAGCAGUUUCGACUUUGUGUUAUCGAUUUGACAAAAAUUGCUUUUCUUGGACAAAAAAACAACAACAACUUUAUUAUCCAUCUGCUCUAACUUGGAUUUUUAAACUGGUGUUUUGGUCUUACGAGCUGCUGGGUUGCCAGAUCCUCUUCUGCGUGUUCCGCUGUGCGAGGAAACACGUGCUUCGGGUGACUCUAGCCAGCGUGGAAACACGCUAACUAACACUACCAACCCAGUGAGCUCCACUGAGACGAGGACAUGGAGUUUGAGGAGUCGGGCAUCGGAGAGGAGUGCGGGGUGUUCGGAUGUGUGGCGGCGGGCGAAUGGCCAACACAACUGGAGGUCGCGCAGAUUCUGACACUUGGACUUGUUGCUUUACAGCACAGGGGUCAGGAAAGUGCUGGAAUUGUCACAAGUACUGGAACAAACCCCCCAACAUUCUCCACCCUGAAGGGAAUGGGUUUAGUGAAUACAGCUUUUAAACCAGAGGAUUUGCUGAAACUGCGCUAUGGUAACCUUGGCAUUGGACACACACGGUACUCCACCACGGGCAUCUCAGAGCUGCAUAACUGCCAGCCUUUUGUUGUAGACACCCUGCAUGGCAAGAUUGCAGUGGCACACAAUGGAGAACUGGUCAAUGCCUCCGCACUGCGCAAGAAGGUUAUGCGCCAUGGUGUUGGUCUGUCCACCUGUUCAGACAGUGAACUCAUCACCCAGCUCCUUGCUUUGACUCCACCCAUGGAGGAACUCGACAAUCCUGAUUGGGUCGCUCGUAUUAAAAACCUCAUGACAGAGACGCCUACAUCAUACUCGCUGCUUGUGAUGUAUAAAGAUGUGAUCUAUGCUGUGAGAGACCCCUAUGGAAACAGACCUCUCUGUAUCGGACGUUUAGUGCCAAUCUCCAAACUGCACAGCUCAGGUGCUGGAGAAGCAGACACAGAAGGCUGGGUGGUUUCAUCUGAGUCCUGUAGCUUUCAAUCUAUUGGAGCAAAGUAUUAUCGUGAAGUAAAGCCUGGAGAGAUUGUCCAGAUAUCAAAAAAUGGUGUAGAGAGUCUAAGUGUUGUGCCACGACCAGAAGGAGAUCUUCCUGCAUUUUGUAUAUUUGAAUAUGUUUACUUCGCCAGGCCAGACUCCAUGUUUGAAGGUCAGAUGGUGUACACAGUGAGGCAGCGCUGUGGGCGUCAGUUGGCCAUUGAGGCUCCCACUGAUGCUGAUGUGGUCAGCACUGUUCCAGAAUCAGCCACGCCUGCAGCAUUAGGAUACGCACAACAAUCUGGCCUUCCGUAUGUAGAGGUGCUUUGUAAAAACCGAUAUGUGGGUAGAACCUUCAUUCAACCAAACACUCGCCUGCGUCAGCUUGGAGUGGCCAAGAAGUUCGGGGCAUUGACUGACAACUUUGCUGGCAAACGAGUGGUGCUCAUUGAUGAUUCCAUUGUGAGGGGAAACACUAUUUCACCUAUUAUAAAACUGCUGAAGGAAGCAGGGGCAACAGAGGUCCAUAUUCGAGUUGCAUCUCCUCCCAUCCGGUUCCCAUGUUACAUGGGAAUCAACAUUCCUACCAAAGAAGAGCUAAUUGCAAACAAACCAGAGUUUAAGGAUAUAGCUGGUUAUAUUGGUGCUACAAGUGUGCGCUAUCUGUCCGUUGAAGGCCUGUUAUCUGCUGUUCAAGGUGGGAUUGAGUCGCAUGGAAAAGACGAGAGGAUCAGCUCCACCACUAAGACCACUAGAAUUGGCCACUGUACAGCCUGCCUCACAGGAAAAUACCCAGUGGAGCUGGAGUGGUGAAUUUCAGCCCUCCAUUAUUGUCUAGUCAUUUCUGUAUACAGUAGGUUUGGUUUGUCUUUUGAAGUCCUUUGUUUAUAUGACCAAUUUAAAAAAGAAAACUGAUGCUGCUUUAACAUUUGUCACAGCUGUAAAAUUCAUGAAAAUAUUGCUGGCCAUUUACUAUGUUAGAAUGAAAAAAUAAACACAAAUCCCUACAUGUAUUCUCAAACAUUCCAUUAAACUUUGCUUUAGAAGUA